CACCCCCACCCACCCACUCUCCCCUCGGUCCCCCAGUUCCAUCCUCUCCUCUCCCUCAACACCAAACCGCCCUCGCCGCCGAUCUCCACUCCCCCAAACUCAGCCCCAGCCCCGCCGGCGACCUCCUCCCCCACUCCUCGACUUCCCUGGCAACAUCCUCUACUUCAUACCCGCCGGCGACCUCCGCCUUCCACUCCACCCUCUCCUUCUCUCCACGCCGAAACCCUAGAUGAACGCCAUGGCCACCUCCCUCUAGCGUCCCCUCUCUCUCUCCCGUGGCGGCACUCACCACUUCAACACCGUCGGCGACCACAACCAUGGCCUCCACCUCCCCUUCCCUCCUUGGUUGGAGAUCCACUCAAUUCCUCUCCCUCCCCCGGUUCCUCUCCAAUCCCGCCGCUGGCCGACUACCAACCCCACCGGCGACCUCCCUCCCUCCCUCCUGAGAUGUACAGAUGUGGCGAGACGGAUCGCCGGAUCCCCGCCGCGCCGGAACGGUGAGAUCCAGCUCCUUGCCGAUCCCAUGGCCUCCGCGGCGGCGCGAGUCCUCCUCCUUGUUCGCGCUGUCGCCUCCUUCCUCGCGGGGCGCACGGACGCCCUUCGGUCGCUGGGCGUCGGCGACGAGGCGGGGGCCGGGGCCGCCACGCAGGGGGACGACGCCGUGGACCUCAACCCCACCAGCUUGGACGCCUUCCUCACGGCCUCGCGGGAGCAGUUCGCCUUCAUCGAGUUCUUCGCCCACUGCAGAGGACAAGGGCUUCAUGGCCAAUCAAGGCGCAUGGUGCUCGCAAGCGAUGAAAGGAGGUUGUUCGACAUAGGCACGGAGGAGGAGGAUGGGCACGGACGGAGGAGGACAGAGCACCUCUCUUCUUCCAGGUUAGUGAGCAGCAUCAGGAGGAGGAGCUCAAGCACGACCACCAAGAGGCACCACCGCAGCAGAUGAGUCCGUCGAUGAAGCGGCAGCAUCUCCUGGGUGACGGUGGUGGCGGCGCCUGUGUGCGGCUUCGACUACAACCUCCUCUCCGGUGAGUCCGUAUCCUACCUCUAGCUCCAUCUCUGAGCUGCUGUAAUACCAUGCUCUGUUUCAUGGUUGUGGCUUAUUUAGUCUGUGCUUGCUAUGCCUUGUGUAUUGGAGCCUAAUUAGCUUCUAUUAGGGGAUAAUCUACUGGUUAUACCAAGAUUUUACAUGAAAUUUUGUUCUGCUUAUUCUGCUAAGGUUGUUUGCAAUGGUUAUACAUAUGUUACACAAUUUUUCCUGCUGGCUAAUGAGCUUUAGAGAUGGUAACAUGGUGCUGCACUCUCAGGAUCAUCUUAUGACACACAAUCAAUUUUUGGUGUGCUCAAAUUUUUAAUUUUAGUGAUAAGGAAAUAUCCCACCUAGUUUGCUGGCUCUCUCACUUGAGUUGGUUUAAUAGUAGUGGCCUCCUGACUUGUACUUAGUUGGGUAGGUGCUGGCUGGGAGCAAAAGUUUAUAUGCAUGGAUAAUGGACUUGCACUAAAUGGACACAAAUAAAGGAGUUGAGUAUUAAGUGAACUUGUUCUAACUGGAAACAAUUUCUGUAUGGUGUACAUAAAUAUCGAGUUGAUAGCUGAUCUGUAGAAAAUAUAGCUGCACGUAACUUCUUUACUUGGUUCCUCUUUUACAGGAUCUCGAGGCCUAAGAAAGUUGGAAGUGCGAAGACGUGAAGAAAAGCGCGAAGCCGUUAAGUGCUACUCAGCAAAGAGUUGUCUGUUCUAUUUGACUGUAAUAUUGUAAUAGCUGGUAUACCUAGGUUGUAAUAAUCUACAGAAAUUAUAGUACACUAAUCUAGUGUCAUUUGACGAGUUUCACAUGUUCUCUUAUUUGUAUGGAAUAUUUGAUUAUGAAUGUGAUUUGAUAGUGUGUGAGAUGUAACCUGACCAGUGCAACCCACUUGUGAAAUAAUAUGACUAGUUCGUAA